AUGACACAAGCUGUACGAAGCAUCUUCCCCCUUAACUCUGCCCUUUCUCCUAAGCGAUCACCCCCUUGUGUCCUUGAGUGCAGGCAGCAGGAUGUGGGCACCCUUGUGAUUAGGGUGUCCUUCUACCUUCAGAUGCCGGGAGAGCACCUUUCUUAUGCGAGUUCUGGACUUGGUAAAAUAAAGUCAGGGAGCCAGCAGACAGAGGUCAUCUGCUUCACUGAUAAAACGGACUAUGGGUACCCAAAGCCAGAAUCUGGCAGAUUAACUCCUCUCGCAGGCAGAAAUGGGCUGGGGCAGUUCUGUCUGCCAGGGCAGAGCAUCGGCUCCCCACAGAGAAAGCAAUACUUCGAGGUGGAAGAAGAGAAGACAUCCCUGCAGGACGCAAUGACUGUCAAAAUGAACAUUUUGUUAAAAAGACUGAGGGAGAAAGAAGAGGUUAUUAAGGAAUUAAGAGAAGAACUAGACCAAUAUGAAGAAAAUGGAUCUCAAAAAGUUGAUUCUUUUAUCAAAGAGAGCAGCCCUUUGAGAACAACUCUAGAAAAGGAAAAUUUGGAGUUCAAAACAGAAAAUGAGCGACUGCUUCAAGUCAUUUCAGAACUCGAAGAAGAAAUCCAGCUCAAUAUAAAAGAAAAUUCAGUAUUAGAAGAUGAAAUUAUAAGUCUGAAAGAGAUGGCAGAUAAGGAUCAUAAAACUAUUCAAAAGCUAAUUGGUGGCAGAGACAGAUUAGUAAGUGAGCUGGAGCUUGAAAAAUCAUUAGUUCAAGAUAUGGUAAGGGGAUUUGCAUUAUUUCUUAAUAAAUUUGAAUCCAGAAAUUUGAUUAUGAAAGUUUUAUAA